AUGGCCAACGUCGACGUCCCGCAAACCCGAAAGGCCUUUGUGCCUCUAGAGAACAACCCGGAAGUAAUGUCCCACCUAGUGCACCAACUAGGCCUCCCCCCAACAAUCGGCUUCACGGACGUCUUCUCAAUCGACGAGCCAGACCUCCUAGCCUUCGUCCCACGCCCCUCCCACGCCCUCCUCCUCGUAUUCCCCGUCUCAAAAUCCUACGAAACAUCCCGUGAAACCGAAGACGCAGCCCUCGCACACUACACAGGCUCCGGCCCGAACGAACCAGUAACAUGGUUCAAGCAAACAAUCCGCAACGCCUGCGGUCUCAUCGGCCUCCUCCACGCCGUCUCCAACGGGGAGUCUAAGAAACAUAUCAUCUCCGGCUCGGAUUUAGAUAUCUUGCUCCGCGACGCGGAGAAAUUGGAGCCAGUCCAGCGUGCCGAUUUGCUUUAUGAGUCUAAGGCUUUGGAGAGUGCGCAUGCUGAUGCGGCCAGGUUGGGCGAUACGGCGGCGCCUGAGGCUGCGGAUGACGUUGAUUUGCAUUUUGUUGCUUUUGUGAAGGGUACUGAUGGGACGCUUUGGGAGUUGGAUGGGAGACGGAAGGGGCCGCUUGCUAGGGGGGUUCUUGGCUAA